AGCGCACUGGAGGUACUCGCACCGUCAGCGCUGUGGUGUCAACUCCUGCUCCCUUUGCCCGGAUGAGAAAGUAAACUUGGUGAAUUGUUUAGGUUGUUUGCAAAGGAUGGCUCUGGCCGAUGCGCUUCUGCCACCCAUUGCUGGAUUUUCCAGCACUCAGAUUUUGGAUGAAAAACAUGCUGAAAUCCUAAGAGAAUGGUCCACUGAUCACUCCGAAAUCGGGACAAAACCCCGCGUCGAAGUUGAAUUCAGCAUCGUAGAGUCCCCGCUACUGAACAAGGACGAGGACGAGCUGUCCAGGUUUCUGGAUCUCGAGUUUAUUCUGUCUAACUCGAUGGCAUCACAGAAUGAGGCUCCCUCCGUUACCCCGGCGUAUCCGUUACCAGAAUCACCGGAGAGUUGCAGCGCUGCGUACGACAGCGCCGAUUCUGCGCAUGGCCUUGUAGCUGAGCUUCUAAGCCCAGGCAUGGGCUACCGACCAGAUACAGCUCAAGACUACAACCCAAAAGGACAUUUUGAUACACCGGAAUACACCGAUUUGAGCAUGUUGGACACCAGAAGUCACGCGCACUUGCACCUCGCCAGUCCACACGCUUACAAAAUAAAGACCGAGCGCCGCGAGCAGCCAUGUAUGAUGGCCAACGACUACACGGGACACUUUUAUGGACAGAAGGUUCACGGUGUUUCUCCCGUGCAGCCGUUUGUUCAGCAUAUACACGACGUGUCCCGGGAGGUGAACGUGCACGUGGCGCAGCAGCAACAGCACUAUCCCUAUCCACCGCAGUAUCACGGCACGCAACACUAUCAUGGACACUACGCCGUUUUUACGGAGCCUAUGAGGGCUCAUCACCCGGGUAUGCCAGGCACAGUGCUCACGCCACCAUCAUCACCGUUGCUCGAGCUCUAUGGCACUGAGGAGAGCAGACCGAAGAGGGGAAGGCGCGCGUGGGCUCGGAGACGGGCCGCCACGCACAACUGCGAGUUUGCGGGCUGUGGGAAAACCUACACGAAGAGCUCGCACCUGAAGGCGCACAUGCGGACGCACACUGGUGAAAAGCCAUACCACUGUACCUGGGAGGGAUGUGGCUGGAAGUUCGCCCGCUCCGACGAGCUGACCCGCCACUACAGGAAACACACCGGUCACAGACCCUUCCAGUGCCACCUCUGUGAGAGGGCAUUCUCCCGCUCUGACCACCUUGCGCUGCACAUGAAGAGACACAUGUGAAAACAUGCCUUAUUUGAAAGGACAUUUAUUAGAAUCGGAGAAGUGGUUCAAGGAGAAAAGGCUAAUUCAUACACACCUUCCCCUUACCUCACAUUAAUAUUUAACUAGUUUUGCACUGGAGCUCCUUAGCUAAUGUACCUAACAAAUAAUGGAAGCUCAUGACCACUAAUUAGCAUCACCAAAACUUGUGUAAACUAUUUUUUUCUUUAUGAACUACUCCUUUACCUGUGUUUGGGCAGCAGGGUUGUAAAUAUGACAAGGAUUGUGUCAGAUUUAAAUUAUAGCAGUAUUUAAGAAGAAGAUAGAUUUGAAAAAAAAAAAACAAUAUAUAAAUUAUUUUGUGCAAACAUCGAAGACAGCUUUGUAAAGAAACAGGGCAGGACCCAUAUUUUUGUAUAUAUUGCUUUUUUGUCUUUAUUUGUUCAGGCUGAGAUGGGGGGAUUUGGCAUUUGGGGUUUUUAGUAGAAUUCAGGAUCUUAUUCCCCUUUUUUGUACAUUGAGUUUUGCGAUCUGUUCAUAUACAAUUCAAUGUGAACUCAAGGACUUUCACAUCAGGUACUCAAUCAGUUUUUCUUUUUUAUCAAAAUGACAUGUCUGUGCAAAUAUUUUAAACAUUUGUAUACUACAUACUUGAAUAUUGUGCUUUUUUAUGUAUAUAACCCCUGACAAAGUUUUAAAAUACAAAAAGUUGAAAAAUCA